GGCUGGUGUUUCCGCACCUCGUUGUGAAGGGUGGCUGCGGACUGGCUUCUCGGUGUUUGGGUCAUCAUGGCUGGUUACGAAUACGUGAGCUCGGAGCAGCUGGCUGGCUUUGAUAAAUACAAGUACAGUGCUGUGGAUACCAAUCCGCUCUCUCUGUAUGUCAUGCAUCCCUUUUGGAACACUAUAGUAAAGGUAUUUCCUACUUGGCUGGCUCCAAAUUUGAUAACCUUUUCUGGCUUUCUGCUGGUUGUAUUCAAUUUCCUACUCCUGGCAUACUUUGAUCCCGACUUUUAUGCUUCAGCACCAGGUCACAAGCAUGUACCUGGUUGGGUUUGGAUUGUAGUGGGCAUCCUCAACUUCGUAGCCUAUACUCUAGAUGGUGUGGAUGGAAAGCAAGCCCGCAGAACCAAUUCCAGCACCCCCUUAGGGGAGCUUUUUGACCAUGGCCUGGAUAGUUGGGCAUGUGUUUACUUUGUUGUAACUGUGUAUUCCAUCUUUGGACGAGGAUCAUCUGGUGUCAGUGUUUUUGUUCUUUAUCUGCUGCUAUGGAUUGUUUUGUUUUCUUUCAUCCUGUCCCAUUGGGAAAAGUAUAACACUGGGGUUCUUUUCCUGCCAUGGGGAUAUGACAUUAGCCAGGUGACUAUUUCUUUUGUCUACAUAGUGACUGCGAUUGUGGGAGUUGAGGCCUGGUAUGAACCUUUCCUGUUUAAUUUCUUAUAUAGAGACCUAUUCACUACAAUGAUUAUUGGUUGUGCAUUAUGUGUGACUGUUCCAAUGAGUUUAUUAAACUUUUAUAGAAGCUAUAAAAAUAACACCUUGAAACACAGUUCAGUCUAUGAAGCUCUGGUCCCCUUCUUUUCCCCAUGUUUGCUAUUCAUUUUGUCUACAGCAUGGAUUCUCCAGUCACCUUCAGAUAUUUUAGAGAUGCAUCCUAGAGUAUUCUACUUUAUGGUUGGAACAGCCUUUGCCAAUAUCACAUGUCAGCUGAUUGUUUGUCAAAUGAGCAAUACCAGGUGUCCAACUUUGAACUGGUUGCUGCUUCCUCUCUUCUUGAUUGUCAUGGUGGUAAACUUAGGAGUCACCUCUUACACUGAGAGCAUUCUUCUGUAUUCAUUAACAACCGCUUUCACUCUGGCCCACAUCCAUUAUGGAGUACGAGUGGUAAAGCAGCUGAGCAGCCAUUUUCAGAUUUACCCCUUCUCAUUGAGGAAACCCAACUCAGAUUGACUAGGAAUGGAAGAAAAGAAUAUUGGCCUAUAAUCUAAAGAAAGAAGUACUGUAAAUAAGAUGCUUAUGAAUAUUUCAUCUAUCACCAUUGAACUAAACUGAUCUGCUUAACAGACAUGGGAACUCUGUGUGUGGUACUUGUACAGCAGGAAUGAGCUAUAUAAUCCGAAAUGUGGAAUUUUGAACCUACUAAUGCCCAGUUUAUUUUAUUUUUUAUAAAACCAUGUGAUAUUUUGGUUAAGUAUAAUCUACAUUAGACCAGCAAAAUGUUUCUAGUGAUUUUAGCUUCAUGAGUCCAUUGUGUUUUGGUUCAUACAGAGUUAAAGAUGCUUUAUUUUUAUUAUUUUUAAAACCCCCAGAUUAGUUUAGGAUACUGAUAGCAUUCAGAAAACCACAAAUAUGUUUUCAUAUUUGGUACUUAGUAGUAGAUUGUUAGCUAUGGAAACUAUCAGUAGUCCACAUCUUAAGUAGGGAAUAGAUAAGAGCAAGUCACCCUCAGCAAGAGAUGCCAGAUGUUUACAGAACAAUAUACAGGGUUGCCAAUAUACUGGUUUCUCUUUCCCAUGGAAAUGCCUUUGUCCUCAUGGGCUAAAAGAGCUAAUAUAUGUUUGGAUUCUCUAGUAUUCUCACUCUCUCUGUUAUGUAACAGAGCUUGGUAAAUGGUUUAGUUUUCUUUUAAAGAAAAAAUAUUCUAUUGAGACUUAGUAGAGAAUGGAUUGAAAUUGUAGCUCACCCAUGGCAUGGUUCAUUGUUUAAAAGUGGAGUUUCCUCCCCCGGCUGCAAGUUGCUGAGAUUUGGUGCCUGUGAACUAUGAUUAAAUGAAUCUGUGUACCAGUGUGAGUCUUACGAUAAUGACUUCACCUUCAAGGAACACAGGUAAACUUCCUUAUUGGCGAAUUUACUUUGGAGUUAGGAAUCUCAUGAACCUCACUACAAAAUUAGUUUUGUGAUUCAGUUUGGCCUUUCUUUCUU